GUUGUCUUCUCCUGCUGUUGGCCUUGCUGUCUUCCUGCUCAUUGAGGAAAAACGGGGGCUGAACGUUGAGGACCGCUGUCCUUAGCUCCUCCUUCCACUCUUCUGUACUCUUCUUACUCCCCAGCCCAGCCCAACCAUUCUUUGCCCUUCCCCUCCUUGCCCUCCUUGCCCCUCAAAACACGCAAUGCCGACCCACGGGUCACCAGUUCGCCGCAAGCGCGACUGGGUGGAUCCCGAGCUGCUGGACGAGGGCGAGGGCGAGGCGGAGGAGGUCAGCCAGGAGGCGCUGCUCAUGCAGGAGGAGCUGGAGGGACAGCAGGGGGCGGGGCAGGAGGGGCAGCAGCAGCAGCGCCGGCAGGGGCGACGUGAGCGGGGCGUGCAGCAGUACUUGGAGCUCAAUUUGGAGGCGGAUGGGACCACGGAGGUGGUGGAGUUUGACGAGCAGGGCCGGGUCAAGGCACGCAGGCAGCCGGGCAUGCCUGUCCUGGAGGACGACAUCGAGGCUGAGGACGAUGAGGAGGAUGACGACCCGCUGGCCUUCCUGGCAGACCUGGAGGGUGAUGAUGAUGAGGAUGAUGAUGAGGAGGACGAGGAGCCAUCAGAAGAUGCGGACGAAGUAGAGGAGGAGGAGGAGGAGGGGGACAGCAGCGGGAGGCGAAGCGCAGCGGCGGGCCCCAGCGGCCGCGGCGCUUCUUCUUCACCUUUUCCUUCUUCUUCUGCAUCUCAGAAGCGGUCGCUGGUAGGCAGGAACGCUGGAAGCCGAAGAGGCGCGGAAGAGGAGGAGGAGGAGGAGGAUGGCGGGGAGGGGUUGGUCCUGAUGCCCGGUGUGAAUCCGCUGCUGGACGAGGAGAUCGAGUGGGGUCUGGAUGAAUUGGGACCCACGGGUCAGCAGCGGCCCUCGCUGCUACGUGAGCUGGGGGUGAUCAAGGGGCGCCCGUCGGACAAGCAGCAGCAGCAGCAAAAGCGGUCCCAGGCUGCUUCCUCUUCUUCUUCUUCUCAGCAGCAGCAGCAGGCCGGCAAGCAGCAGCAGCAAAAGCAGGCCCCAGCUGACGGCGUUACCGACGAGGACGAGGAGCAGGGCGGCGGCGGAGCGGCGGGGCAGGUGGGUGUGGCCUGGGGCGGCAGCGGCGGCGCCAGUGGGAUCGACAUGGAGCAGCAGGAGGCGCUGCUGUCGCGGCUCUUUAAACCGCACAAGGUGAAGGAGCUGAUGGCCCACCAGCUGGCUGCGGAGGCGGAGCUGGCGGCCCUCAAGCGGCGCACCUCGGGGCGGGCGGGGCAGGAGGCGCGGCUGCACACGCGCAUGCGCCUCAUCGGGGGCAGCGCGGCGGGCAAGCAGCUGGUGUCCAGCGCGGGGGCAAACACCCGGCCGAUGAUGGAGAAGGUGCGCCACGCCCUCUUCAACAUGAUCCAGGCCCAGGCGGGCAGCGGCGCGGGACUGCCCACCACCGCCCGCUGGCUGGACUGCUUCGCCGGCACCGGCAGCGUGGGGCUGGAGGCGCUCAGCCGGGGGGUCAGGGAGUGCCACUUCAUUGAGAUGGACCCGUGGGUCUGCCGCAAGGUCCUGUCCCGCAACAUCUCCACCUGCGGCUUCACGCGCCGCUCCGUGGUGCACACCAUGAAGGCGGAGGACUUCCUGCGCCGCGCCAUUGAGCUGCCCAAGUUCGCAGGUGGGGGGGAUGAAGAGGGGUUGACGAGGAAACUGACAAGCUUGAAAACACGGCUUCACCAGCUGAGGGAGCAGGUGAUGAGGGACAGGCAACCGCGGCUUGGUGGGACUCGGCUCUGCUGGAUUCGCUGCGUCCCUGCCCUUCAUCCGUGUACCUCCUCCUCCUUCCUCCUCCUCCUCCUUCCUCCUCCUCCUCCUCCUCCUCCUCCUCCUCCUCUUCCCAACCCGCAGGCGGCCCCUUCGACUUCCUGUCCGUGUGUCCGCCAUACCUGCUGGUGUCCUACCCGGAGCUCAUGGACCUGCUGCACCGCUCGCCGCUGCUGCACGAGCGCUCCAUCGUGUUCGUGGAGUACCCCAAGCAGCUGGCGCACCAGGUGCCGCCGACCCUUGGGUCGCUCGUGACGGUGCGGGACCGCAAGUACGGCAGGACGUGGAUUCGGGUGUACGGACCGGCGAGUGGGAUGGGGGGUGGGGAGGAGGAUGGUGGUGGUGAGGAGGAGGAGCGUGGGGAGGAGGAGGAGGCGGGAGAUGAGCUGCUGCUCAUUUGAUGGGCCUCCCAAGUUGGCUUUGAUGGCAGUACGGCAGUUCAGCGUGCAGGCGGUGGUGAAGGUAUGACCGUUACAAUGGUUCCCCAAAAGUGAAGGGGGUGAUAAACCCUAAAACCCCCCACUGCAAGAGGAACGCAACACGCCGUGGAGGUGUCUGGAGGGCCCCCGAGGAGAUGCGGGUGGCUAUGCGGCCUUCCACAAGGGUAGCCUGAAGGCCCCAAACCUUGUGAGCUAAUGCGCGGUUUGCUAUGGUUUUCUCCACUGAGACGCAAACUGUAAGAUGCGACAUGCCAACACAGCUGCCCCAGGAUAACAUUGUCAUGCCUACCGAACACAUUCCUGGACACUUCUAAACAUGAAUUGAAGGGCAGUUAGCGCAUUUAUAGCGCUAACAAGUGGGAGUACGAGCACCGCAGGGCCCCGGUUUCAGAGCCUCGACGGAUGGG